AUGGCUGUGGAAUAUGGGGACCAAGCCAGUGGGUUCCGCCACGUUGAGGUGAUCAGGUUCAUUAACAACGAAGUCCUCAUGAAUGGGGGCGGCCCGGAUUUCUACCAGGCUUUUCGUUCACGGCCCUGGAAUGAAAUAGAAGAUCGACUGCGGGCGGCGGUGGUCAACCCGCAGGUGCCGCGCACCCUCAAGAGGUCCUGCGCCUGGAGCGCGCUGGCCUUGAGCGUGCGCGUGGGCGCCAGGCAGCGCGAGCAGCAGGCGUGCAGGAUCCAGCAGCUGCAGCAACAGGUAGAAGAGCUCCAGGCGACUUCCUGGGCUCUGGCCACGGAGCUGCAAUGGCUACGAGAGGAGCGCCAGGAUAUGGCCGCUCGGCUGCGCUUCUUGCGGGCCACCCUGCAGCAGGUGCUGAAUGAGCGCAAUGUUUUAUACUGGCGACUGCUCCAGGCCGAGAGGUUGGCACAUGCCAACCCACAGCUUCAGCUGGUCAUGCCUGAGCAGGGAGUGGAACAGUUUAAGGCUGCAGCUUGGCCUCCGACCGUAGAGGAGCAGGGCAAGAUGGUGGCUCUAGGGCCUCACGGCGUGCCGCAGCAUGCUGAUUCCCAGAUGGCAGCCUCGCCGAAUGUGCUAUACAUGCCCAGACCCCAGGGUCCUUGGGCCCAGGCUGGGCCAUCUUCUCUGCAAAUGCCUGUGCCACCUCCAUUCCCAUUCCAGGCGCCAUUCCCAGGAGUCCCAUACUCCACACCUCUACCCUCAGGAGUCAUGGAAUCAGAAGGAGCAGCAGCUGCUGCCCCUUCACCUCAGAUGCCUCCCCUGGGGAUGUACCCACUUAGCCUGUGUGCUCCAGUUAGCAGCCAGGGGAUGGCGCUGCAGUAUGACGAAGGGGCCUAUGGCCAGGAGAAAUAUUCUGAGAACCUCCAGGCCUGUUCCUCUGGCCAGGAGAAAUAUUCUGAGAACCUCCAGGAAGCCUGUUCCUAUAGCCAGGAGAAAUAUUCUGAGAACCUCCAGGAAGCCUGUUCCUAUACCCAGGAGAAAUAUUCUGAGAACCUCCAGGAAGCCUGUUCCUAUAGCCACGAGAAAUAUUCUGAGAACCUCCAGGAAGCCUGUUCCUAUACCCAGGAGAAAUAUUCUGAGAACCUCCAGGAAGCCUGUUCCUGUAGCCACGAGAAAUAUUCUGAGAACCUCCAGGAAGCCUGUUCCUAUAGCCAGGAGAAAUAUUCUGAGAACCUCCAGGAAGCCUGUUCCUAUAGCCACGAGAAAUAUUCUGAGAACCUCCAGGAAGCCUGUUCCUAUAGCCACGAGAAAUAUUCUGAGAACCUCCAGGAAGCCUGUUCCUAUAGCCACGAGAAAUAUUCUGAGAACCUCCAGGAGGCCUGUUCCCUGGAGGGCAGCAGCUUUUACCAAGAGGAAGGUUGUGUGUGUCCCCCCGGGGUGGAGGACACCAAGAAUCACACUGAGGAAGAUCAGCCCAAGCUCCAGGGGACAGACCUCCCUGGAGGCAGCAGGAGUCAAAGUCAGAAGAAAUGUCCAGUGAUGCCCCAGGAGAGGAAUCCUUUGGGGAACAGCAAGAGCCACAGGCAAGAAGAAGGUCCAAAGAAGCCCCAGGAGAUAUCCCCCCAGGAGGGCAGUAAGAGCCCUGAUGAGAGAAAAAGCCCAAAGCAACAACGGUCUCCAGGGCAGAAAGCGAAGCAACCAAAAGUGAAAAAAGCCCCAGAUUCCCAGCCUGGUGAGAAGCCUGCCACAGACGGCCAUCCGGUGGAUUGGGGCUGCCCAUGGUGUAAGGCCUGGAAUUUUUCAUGGCGCAAAGCCUGCUACAAAUGCAAGAAAACCUAUACAGCAGCUGAGAGUGGAGAGCUGGGGCCAGGACAACCUCUCUGAUCUCAGAAAGAUGGUGGAUCCUUGAUGGCUGAUGCUCGUUGGCUGGUACCCUGGAGAAGCUGAGGUCAUGAAGAGUUUGUUUGAAAGCUGUUUUCUUAUUAACCACCUUUUCUUGAAAAUGCCAUGUCUUUGGCUGGGAACAGCCACAUAUUAUUAAGAAUUAUAAGCUUUAUUGAAUUUUAGAAGCAUCGCUUUUACUUGAAAAUGCUGUUGUCCUUUUGUAAACUACGGCAUUAUUCAUGCUUGCCUCGUGUGUGUUUUUUAAAGUUUUACAGAUGAGGGCCUGUUUUUAUGUCUCUGGGCCCCACACAACUUGUUGCUGAAAAGCUGAACCUGUCCCAUUAGAAGAUCCCUCAAGAGCCUAAAGAAAUCACAGCCUAGUUCUGACUGAGCCACACCUUAGUGAGAGCCCUUUUUCCCCCACACCCCAACCCCCAAGUCUGGAGCUAAGAAGAGUGAGAGAAAGUCAGGGAAGAAGAGAUGCUUUGGCAUGCAUUGGGGGAAAGGAAGGGCAAAGUAAUUUUCUUAGAAUUUAAUUUCUCAGUUGGGACAACAAAUUAAUUUGAAAGUGUUGAGGGUUACAGUGUUAAAUUCUAUAGAUGACAGCAAAUUGACAAAUUUCAUUUAAUUCGUUAAACAUGAUUAUUGCUUGCCUGGUAUUUGUUCGGAGCUAGAACUUAUGACAUUAUCUGGUACACACUAUAACUCUUUUUGGCAAGCUUGGUUAGAUGACAGGAGAAAACAUAAUUUGAGAUUAAAAAAUAGACCAGAGGUGACUUCUUUGCCUCCCAUGUAGCGUGACUUUCUGGUACACCCAACUGAAAUAGCACCCAGUUAUUUUUAUAGUUCUGGGAGUAACAUGAAGGAAGUGAAAGAACUUGAGUUGCCAAACUGCUCAUCUCACUGGUCCCAGUUGAGACAAAUUUAGCAGUGGAUAAUACAGGGGAAGUUGCCUCAAGAAGGUGCAGGCAGGCAGGACUUCUCUGAUAGUCUGCUGAUUUUUCUCCCUUGGGAGAGAAAGCUGUUGACUGCAAGACUGCUAGUUUUUUGUUUUGUUUUGUUUUUGUUUUUUUUAAAGGCUAUUAUUUGGGGCCAAAGGGAGGAGUAUUGGCUACACACUUAAGCCUCAGACAAUGACCAUCCCAAGUCCCUUUCCAGUCAAGAGUGGAGAACAAAAUGGAUUCUGGGGACGGACAUCCUGCUCUGGAUGGUGCUUCUUUUUUGGGAGGGCUAAUCGCCUUAAAACCAGAACAGGACUAAUUGGAUUAAAAAUAGAGUUGGACUAAUUGGAUUAAAAUAGAAUUGGGCUGCAACUAUACUCUUGAGACUGCCCCCUGGGCCCCUUCUUUUUUCUUUUCCACUUGGUGUGUUCUCUGUCCCCCCCCCACCCCCACCCCUGGAGGGGUGGACAUUAGAUCUAUCUCCAGUUUGAACAAAAGAUGUCCUAGGUUUCCCCAUGAGAUCUGUCCUGUUCACCAAACUCAACCUUUGUCGGGGUUUUUCUGAUUCUAACUAGUAAUAAAGCGUGUGUACUUGCCUGCUGUGUCUUCUGUGUAGU